AUGUCGGGGCAGGAUGCCAAGCCGGGCCAGUGGCCGUGGCAGGUCAGCCUGAGGGAGGAUGGACAGCACGUGUGUGGGGGUUCCCCGAUCGCUGAGGACUGGGUGCUGGCAGCAGCCCACCGCUUCGACCAGAAGCAGCCCCUGUCUGCCUAUGUCGUGCUGCUGGGCUCCCUCUCCUCCUACCCCCAGGCCGGGGAGCCCCAGGAGCUCCAAGCUGUGGCCCAGUUCAUCAUGCACCCACAGUACUCGGCGGAGAGCAACAGAGGGGACAUCGCCCUGGUGCAGCUGGCCUCCCCUGUCACCUUCAGUGACCUCAUCCUUCCAGAGCUGCAGCUGCCCCUCCUUGACGCCCAGACCUGUGACGCCUACUACCACGAGAACUCGGACAUGCCCAUCGAGCUGCCCAUCAUCCUUGAGGAUAUGCUCUGUGCUGGCUUCAAGAGUGGCCAGAAAGACGCCUGCGGGGGUGACUCCGGGGGCCCCCUGGUCUGCAACCUUGAUGGAGUCUGGACCCAGGCAGGCAUCGUGAGCUGGGGGUCUGACUGCGGCCUCCCCAAAAGGCCGGGAGUCUACAUCAACGUCAGCAUGUACACCACGUGGGUUGCCAGCACCAUCCAGAGCUCAGACCUAGACAUGGAAAACUCCUCUCCACGCCUUGCUGGGCUCUUCGUCCCCACCGUGCUGUUGGUUCUGGGGCUGCUGGGGGACACGCUUGCGUCCCUGGGGCUUGCCUAA